UCGUUUGACAGCAGGGGCUUGUUUUACAGCACAAAACAACAAGGAUGAAGAUUUCAAGGGACGAUGCGGCAAAUGAGAUAAUCGAGGAAACGUUAAGCUGAAAGGCCGUCAGCUUUAUUUCCUUCUCGCGGUUUGCGCUGCCAUAUUACCGCCAGACAACUUGAAUAUCGACUGAACUGCGGAUGAAUGUCUCUGCCUUAGAGUCCCUGCAUUUGUUGUUGUUAGCCGCUAAUGCUAACUAUAGAAGUUGCGAGCUAGCUGGCCUAGCGAGCUAAUGGUUAAAGCGAGAAAAAGAUAAUUAGCCGUAUAUCUUUGAUUUACUUAAUGCUGUCCCGGUGAGUAGACUUGGCUUUGUGUAGCUGAUGGAGCCAGCUAACCUCGGCUUCAGUAGUUCAACAACUGCAGCUUUGGCUAAGCUUUUAAAGUAGUUUCCCAGUUAGCUCGCCAGUUAGCCACCACUAUCCUUGGAAGAAUGAGUAGAAAACACCAUCAUUUUAAAGGAGCCGAAGUCAGCUGCUGUGUAAAAUACUUCUUAUUUGGAUUCAACAUUUUAUUCUGGUUACUAGGAGCUGCAUUCUUGGGCAUAGGCCUGUGGGCAUGGGCGGAGAAGGGCGUGCUGUCCAAUCUGUCAUCCAUCACAGACCUCGGGGGCUUCGACCCUGUGUGGCUCUUCAUCGUUGUAGGAGGGGUCAUGUUCAUCCUGGGCUUUGCUGGCUGCAUUGGAGCGCUCAGAGAGAACACCUCCCUGCUUAAAUUUUUUUCUGUGUUCCUGGGUUUGAUCUUCUUCUUGGAGCUGACUGCGGGGAUCCUCGCCUUCGUCUUUAAGGACUGGAUCAAAGACCAGCUCAACUUUUUCAUCAACAAUAAUGUCAAGGCCUACCGUGAUGACAUCGACUUGCAGAAUCUCAUUGACUUUGCCCAGGAAUAUUGGUCAUGCUGUGGAGCUCAUGGGCCAGACGACUGGAACCUGAACAUCUACUUCAACUGCACUGAGCUGAACCCCAGUAGGGAGCGCUGUGGAGUCCCCUUCUCCUGCUGUGUCAAAGACCCUGCAGAGGAUGUCAUCAACACACAGUGCGGUUAUGACGUUCGGCUUCAAGGGGAGCUGGACCGGCAGAAAUACAUCUACACAAAGGGCUGUGUGGGACAGUUUGAGAAGUGGCUUCAGGACAACCUGAUUAUUGUAGCUGGAAUCUUUGUUGGUAUUGCACUUUUACAGAUCUUUGGUAUCUGCCUUGCUCAGAACCUGGUAAGUGAUGUCAAAGCUGUCAAAGCCAACUGGUGACAGGAGAGGUGAAGUGAGGGAGCCCCACCCCGCCCCUCAGGCCCAGCCGGGUCAGCGCAGCACACAAAGAGUCCUGUCCAGCUGAGGACGGAGAGCCGAGAACCCUCCACUCUACUUUGCCACUGAGCUAAGCAGCACUCUCACACUCGCAUACGUGCAGACACAAAGAGUUUACUUCCCUGUUUGUAAGUGACACUUGAAUGGGGAGAUGAAUAUCCCACACAAACCAAACAGUUAAAACUUCGUUUACCACUCAUCUGGGAUUUUAACAGAAAAUAUAUUGAGGAUUGUCCUGCCUAAUUAGUAGUUAGAUUUUUUUUCUUCCUAUGUAUCUUCUGAUUUCUUUGGACACGUGUAUUUAUGGGGCGCAGUUGCACAAGGACUCCUGUCAGCAGGGAGAUUGGAAGCCAUGGAUGAUACAAAAAAGUGAGGGGUUGAACAUCUUCUUCAAAGCAGCCUGUUUUUAACGUGCUUAUCCCCACUUCCAGCCAUAGGGAAGCGUGGGUGGCUGGCCGGGCCGGCCAACAAACACAUGGAUUCCCUCUGCGUGUCAUUUUCUUUCUCCAUCGUGACCUUUUAUGACCACUGAAAUGACUCUGAACACUGGCUGGUCAAGUCUGCAACUUCAAAUCAGUUCAGGAGAAUUUCAAAUGUAAAAAAAAAAAAAAAAGUGCCAUUAAUUUCCGAUGAUGUUUUUGUCUCCUUCCUGUUCUUUACAUGGAAUUUCUGCACCCCGCCCCACGAUACCUCAGGGCCUGGCCGAAAAUAUACGACUUCUGCCACCGGUUAAAGCAUAUCUAUUUUUUUCCAUCCAUGUCUGUUAAAUAUAAAUCGACUAACUUAAUGCAGAGAACACUGACAGUUCCUCGAAAGUCGCCCUGUUAGCCCUGCAGUGAUUGUAUUAUCUGUAGAUUUACUGAAGGAUGUUGUAUUGUAUUAUAUAGAAUGGCCCGGUGUGGUUAGAAUCGUAGGUCUAUGCUUUACAGGGAAAAAGGGGGUUUGUGGUAGUUGAGAUUGUUGUUUAUCUCGGAGCAUCCCUCAGGCACAUGGGAUUGCUGGUUUGGGGCCUUUUUUACUUGACUUAUGUUACCACAUCUGUCUUAUAUUUUGACCUCUGCAUAUUGAAAUAUUUGUCUGUUUAAAGAUUCAUCCUUUAUUUCCUAUCCUUUCAUAGAUUUCUAUUCUGGGUUCAUUGUUUGACUUCACCAGGCACCUGUUUUUACCUCCAACCCAUCAGUCAGCUGCAAAAUAGCCUCCUUAUUGUUGAUGUUGUUAGCAGUCCUAAUGGAGACCAAAUGAUAUCAGCUGGCCACAAGCUAACUGCCAAGGUUUUGUCUGGCUACAAUUGUGAUUUUAUUAGGAAUGGAAGGAAUAUCAAAUAGCAUUUCUAGAUAGCCAAAAUGUGAAUUUAUUGUCCCUUUUUAUGUGGGAAGUGCCAGUUGUAAUGAGAAGUCAAACAAAAAUAAUUAAAAAAAAUGUUACAGUAUCGCUUUUAUCUUUUAA